UGGGGUCCUUCCCUGCCAAGCUGGUCCGAGAAGAGAGGAGUCGCAGGCCCUGUCUCUUGAGGGGUUGGUUCCUUCCCUCCUGGAGCGCGCCCUUGCCUUGGCCCUGGCGAAAAGCUCUUCGCUUUCUGUGUUGGCUACAAGGUUGUCCAUCUUCUCUGCCAUUUGGGGAGGAUAUUUCGUCUUCGCAUCCUUAGUUGCCGGUGGUUGUUUCUCACUUUCAUUUUUGACUUUAAAAAUAUUUUUUUAACUUUUACUUGUAAAGGCCGUUUAUUUAGUUUUGAUAUCUCCCACCCAAGGUGGGGCUCAGCCCCACAAGGACAUCAAGAGCCCCUCGCUCUUCCGACUGGGCCAGCCCGGGGCCCUUAUCCUUCACGUUUCAGAACGUGUCCUCUGGCUUCCUCUUUCAGGGACGCUCACAUUCGCGCAGCUCCCCGGCCUCUUGUUCCUGGUUCUGGAUCUUUCUUUCUCCUGUUCUUGUCCAUCGAUCAGGUGGGGUUCAUCGAUCAGGAAGACCUUUUCCUCUUACGACAGCCCUACCUGCUUAAGAUGAUAAGCACAGAAAUUAGCCCCCUUCCUCCUGCCUUUUUCGUCUCUUGGCGCUGACGCUCUUGGAGGUUGGGUUCACCGUUUGUGGGACGGGGAGAGACGCUCAGGAGUUGUCAUGGAGACCAGACGCGGGCGAGUCGCUUGGAGGCGGGGCGAGGAAACGCCGCAGCUGCUGAUUGGCCAGGAAGCCACGCUGUUGCUCGGAGACCGAGAGAUUUCGGUGCGCAGGCGCAUUGCUUUCCGGGCCGAGAGGUGUGGCGCCGUUUGUCUUGGGGUGUGCGUUGGGAUCCCCGCGGGCUCCUGGUCGGCUGAUCCCAGCGCGGAGCUACGUGUCAUAGCAGACCGCGGGGCGGGACUGAUUCCCGCGCGGCCCGCGUGCUGGCUCCGCCGCCACUUCCGGAACUCCCCAGCGAGGCAGGCCCGGGGUGCUGCGGCUUCGCUUCGGGUCCAUUCGCCAGCUCACCGCGGUCACCCCUGGAGAGGCUGCGCGGCCGGGCAGGUGCCGGCCUGGUGGCUCGUACCGCGGCGCAGCGACUCAGGCGCCAAGGACGGGCGGUGGCCUUGGGCGGUCCUCUGCUGUGGGGCGGCGAGUCCCGCUGUGUCCACUGUGGGAGCCCGGAGAGCCACUGACCGUGGGUGCAGCGAGGAACCCGCGGGGACAUGUUCGAGAGGGCGCAGGACUCCGUCUGGAGCCUUUGGACCCUGCGCAGGAAGAAACUGCAGGACUCCUGUGUUGGCAGGAAGGAGCACUAAUCCGGCCCAAUUCCCCGCAUGCCGAUGCUCUUGUCCAACUUUGCUAUGGUGCUGAGUGCUAAGAUUUUAUUUCGUCCCUCUUCAUCACGGCAUUGGACUUCUCAAAGAGUAAAGAUGGGGACCCCCCCUUUUCUUUUUAAAGAUUUUAUUUAUUUGUU